AUGGCUGAACCACCGCGGAAGCGCACCCGCCUGGAUGCUUCAAGCGGAGACCUGCCGACCUGCAGUGACAAGCCUGGAAGAACGAGACGUGACGAAGAGUUUUGGUUUGAGGACAGAAACGUCAUAUUCGUCGCGGAGGACACUGAAUUCUGCGUGUACAAGGGCCCACUUUCCAAACAUUCCGCGGUGUUCAAAUACAUGAUUUCGCUUCCCCAGCCUGCUGCGGCCUCCGCUGAUGAGCCGCCGGUGAUUGAGGAGCUUGUCCGGAAGGUGGCAGACCACCUAUUGUCGCAUUAUUUUCCCACAUACGAGGCGUAUGCUGCAAUCACCGUGGAGGAUAAUAUACCGGGAUUCGAUCCGUCGAUACACCACAUCGCCGUCGUGAACCUCACGAGACUGAGCGACACGCCGUCUCUCCUCCAGUCGGCGCUGUUCGCUUGCUGCGGUAUUCCCCCCAGCCGCCUAGUGCAAGGUUUCGAGCGAGAAGACGGCGUGCAAGAGCAGCUGUCCCUGGACGAUCUUAUUCGCGUACUCGUGGGUCGCGCGGAGCUCACCAAGCUCGACGCGGAGGCCGCUGUUGCUAUCUUCCGGCCUUGA